AUGCCAAGUCUGCUUCAGCCAGUGUGCACGCGAGCUUGGCAAUUGGGAAGUCAACGAAAGAUUGCAAGUUGGCAGAGAGAGCUGGCAAGCAUCUGGCACGGUAAGGGAUGCCUCCCAUCACGAGCUGCAGCUGUCCGCAAAGUGAAGCUAGGCAGGCAGGCGGGUCAUCGCAAGAUUGUUGCGUUCACUUGGCUCCAACAGCUCCGGAGCGUUGCAUCUCCAGCGUCCGCACAGAGCCAUCAGGCGGCAUCAGGCGCAGCCGCCACAGUGGCCAGGUCCAGCCUUGCGCUGGAAGCGUGGCUGGUUGCUGCAGACGCCGAGGCGGGCAGCGCAGCAACGUUCGACUUCACAACCUCGCAGUGUGAGCAACUCAGUAAGGAGCCAGGAGCACUCGCGAUUCCAGACGGCCGCAGCCGCUCUCUGUGGGCGGCCACUCUCGCACCAUCUCACACUGCAGGGUGGCCAACACUCUUCGAGCAGGAGUGGCAAGAUCGAUCGAGAUCUGUGCACAACAAGGGACGUCCAAACACGCUACACCUACUGCCCACCGCUGGGCCUCGGAAAAUUGGCCUCCAGCAAAAUUUCCUGCUCAAAGAGCUGGGUGCCGCACCGUACUGGGCACCGUCUUCGCUCUCCCUGUGCAGCACCCGAUGCCCUGCGGCGACAGGUGCGCGGCGUGCGCUGCCAGCACGAGCGCUCAUCAAGCGCAGUCCUCUGAAUGCUUGCACUGGUGUGCCGAACGCACUGCACCUACUGCCCACAGCCGGGCCUCGAGGAAAUGGCCUCGAGCAAAACAGGACGACCCCGCUCUGUUGCUGCUCAACACAACUGGAGCAUGGCGUGGUUGGAUCUGCUGGGCAGCUGGGCACACAGCGACAUCAAGCCUCAUUCGUCACAGUGUCUCCCGGAGUGUCCUGUGCCGCAGCGCAUGCAUAUCACGGAUCACCUUCUCACUGUGCUGGCUUGCUCGUGCUGGUGGAGAACGUUCCUGCAAGAAUGGCCGGAUGCUGCAGUACCGGAUGGUGUCGGGGAGGAUCUCAGAGCACUUACCGAACGCGCUCCAAGAAAGAGCUUUGGUAA